AUCGCUAGAAAACGAUUUCAAUUCCAGCGUCUGCCGCGUUUUUUGCAGCAAAAUAUUUGAUUUUACAUUUUGUGCCUCCUCCGAUCGUUUGCAAAACACAGCCUGAAAAUGUCGAGCAAAUCCCGACGUGCUGGCACCGCCACGCCGCAGCCCGGCAGUACCUCGACCCCGCGGGCGCCAUCGGCGGGACCCCAGCAGCACCACCAGCAACCGCCGCCGCCGUCGUCGUCGCAACAGGCCUCCAGCCCGCUGAGCCCCACGCGCCACUCGCGCGUCGCCGAGAAGGUGGAGCUCCAGAACCUGAACGACCGCCUGGCCACCUACAUUGACCGCGUGCGCAACUUGGAGACGGAGAACUCCCGGCUGAGCAUCGAGGUCCAGACGACCAGGGACACUGUUACUCGGGAGACCACCAACAUCAAGAACAUCUACGAGGGCGAGCUGGAAGAGACGCGUCGCCUGCUGGACGACACAGCCCGGGAUAGGGCACGCGCCGAGAUCGACAUCAAGCGUCUGUGGGAGGAGAACGAGGAGCUGAAGGCCAAGCUGGACAAGAAGACGAAGGAGUGCACCACCGCCGAGGGCAAUGCCCGCAUGUACGAGUCGCGUGCCAGUGAGCUGGGCAACAAAUACACCCAGGCGUGCGCUGAUAGGAAGAAGGCCACCGACGAUCUGAACGAUGCUCUGAGGGAGCUGGAGAAGCUGCGCAAACAGUUUGAGGAUACACGCAAGAACCUGGAGCAGGAGACGCUGUCCCGCGUUGACCUGGAGAACACAAUCCAGAGCCUGCGCGAAGAGCUGUCCUUCAAGGACCAGAUCCAUACGCAGGAGAUCAACGAGUCGCGUCGCAUCCGCCAAACCGAGUACAGCGAGAUCGAUGGCCGCCUUAGCUCCGAGUAUGAUGCCAAGCUGAAGCAGUCGCUGCAGGAGCUGCGCGCCCAGUACGAGGAGCAGAUGCGCAUCAAUCGCGAUGACAUCGAGAGUCUGUAUGAGGACAAGAUCCGUCGCAUGCAGGAGGCCGCUGCCCGCACCAACAACACCACGCACAAGUCAAUUGAGGAGCUCCGCAGCACUCGUGUUCGCAUUGAUGGUCUCAAUGCCAAGAUCAACGACUUGGAGCAGACCAACGCCAUGCUUAAUGCCCGCAUACGCGAGCUGGAGCAGCAGCUGGACAACGAUCGCGAGCGCCAUGGCCAGGAGGUGGCCCUGCUCGAGAAGGAGCUCAUUCGCCUGCGUGACGAGAUGGCGCUGCAACUGCAAGAGUACCAGGACCUCAUGGACAUCAAGGUCUCUCUGGAUUUGGAAAUUGCGGCCUACGACAAGCUGCUGGUCGGUGAGGAGGCUCGCCUGAACAUCACUCCGGCAAACACUGCCACCGUGCAGUCUUUCAGCCAGUCGCUACGCGGCAGCACCCGUGCCACGCCCUCGCGCCGCACUCCCUCCGGUGCCGUGAAGCGCAAGCGUGGCGUUGUUGAUGAGACCGAGGAUCGCAGCUUCUCCGACUUUUACGUCUCGGCCACUGCCAAGGGCAACGUGGAGAUCAAGGAGAUCGAUCCCGAGGGCAAGUUCGUGAAGCUCUACAACAAGGGAGCCGAAGAGGUGGCCAUCGGCGGCUGGCAGUUGCAGCGUCUGAUCAACGAGGGUGGUCCGUCGACCACCUACAAGUUCCAUCGCUCGGUGAAGAUCGAUUCGAAUGGCGUGGUGACCGUGUGGUCGGCCGACACAAAGGCCUCGCACGAACCGCCGUCGAGCAUCGUGAUGAAGUCCCAGAAAUGGAUAUCGGCUGACAACACUAGGACAAUCCUGCUGAAUGCCGAUGGCGAGACUGUGGCCAAUCUGGAUCGCAUCAAGAGAGUGGUGUCCACGCACACCUCCUCCUCCCGUCUGAGUCGCCGGCGCAGCAUCAGUGCCGUGGAUGGCAACGAGCAGCUCUACCACCAGCAGGGCGAUCCGGCAGGGCAGACCGGCGAAAAGUGCGCCAUUAUGUAAUUGCAGGAACCAGACAAAAGCAAAACCUAAAGAGAGAAGGAAAAACAAAACAAACACACACCACCACAAGCACACAGAGAGAUAUGUAGUAAUCAGCUAAGUUAUUUUUUGUGGCCGCCCAGCCAGUAAUUUAAUCAAAACCAAUAUUUGUAUAGAUCUGCCCAAGCAGCUAAGCGAUAAUUUCCGUUUCGUCAACUUUCACUAGUGUUCUCCUCACCCUUUCCAACAAAUUGUAGUUUUUAACUCUUACUUCUGACGCGAUUUCUUUACUCGUUUAUUGUUUAUCUCAGUAAGCCAGCUUUUGUAAUCUUUAUAUGGUAUAGAUGACCCAUUUCUAUGCCACAUAGAACUUACAAGUUUCCACCUCCGUUCUUUCACUUUGAUGUAUUUUUUUGUGACGUUAAGAACUUUGAAAAUAUUGCAAGAAAGAAACAAUAUUUUCGAUGGACUUUCGCAUACUCCCCUUUCUAUAAGAAAUUAGUUUUGUAAGCUUUAGAUCCGGCAAUGACUUCACAAACAUCGAGAGGGCCAACCAACAACACAGGAAGACUAGAUCCAGAUCAGCAACAAAAACAACAGAGAAAGAAGCUCCUGCAGACAAAACACUUAUUUAUUUAAGUAUUUUUUGUACAAUCAGCAUAAAAUACAAUAUACAUUAUACCUAUACACAUUUAUAUAUAGAACAUAAUGACAAGAAGCCAGCAAUAUAUAAUUUUUAGCCUUGGCCAUAAGGGUAUUCUCGAUCCCCCUACCGCUUUCUCCCGGGUCAAACCGGUUUGGGGCUUCCUGCAGCCAUUCUACAAACAUUACAACAGAAACAAUAACAACAACAUAAAGUAUGUACAACAAUAAUUAACAGCAACGCUCAGCGAUCCGUCGCAUUUUUAUGAGUGGGCGUGGUCGCGUUUUACGCCGGCCAAAAACAAAUCCAGCGCCCACACAGACUACUUUGUACACAAGAGAAGAUGAUUGUAAACGAAUCGAAACUACUUUUUAAGUAUGUAAUUUCUAUUUUAUAAUAAUAAAAAAUAAAGAAAACCAUGUUUAAUAAAAA